AUGGCUGCUACACCGGGAUCCGAAACCUCAAAUGAGUCGGGCGACGAGGCUAGCAGCGCGCGCCAGUCGACCACGAAAACACCGUCGGUCAAGGACAAGGAGUGUCAGUACUGCCAUCAACACUUCACCUCGUCCUCCCUCGGCCGGCACCUCGACCAGUUCAUCUCCAAGAAGAAGCCGGACGGCAUCCACGACGUCGACGAGAUCCGAAGGGUGCGUGGGGGCAUCACGCGCCGCACCGCUCGAGGCUCGCGGCGCGACAGGGACAAAGAGAAGGAACAAGAUGAGACGGCGUCAUCGCAGGCAACACCAGGGCCGGGCUCGGGGCCAGGGCCAGGGCCAAACCCAGUCACGCUCCCAUCCUCUGCCAUCGAGCCGUAUCGCAUGCCUCCCGGCGGAUGGAAUUAUCGGUUGAACAGGCUGAAUUGGCAGGCCACGGGCGUCAUCACCGACCCGACGACGCUGGAUUCCCCGGUCGCGGUGGCUCCUCCAACACCCGCGGUCGUGCCCAGUCCGUCAGGCACGAAGCGCAGCUUUUCCACCUAUGCGCAGGACGCGAAUCCCGCCGGCAACGGCGAGACGGCGCGGGCGCUCGAACUCGCGUUGCGAGAAGUGCUCGACUCUCUCCGAGCGGCCACCAAGCACGCCUCGCCGAAGCCGUCGCCGUUCAAGUUUGACAUUUCUUCGCAGACAUACCCAUCGCUGUGCCUGAAGCUGCUCCCGGCACCCGCCACCCUGUUCCAGACCUCGCCCUUUUCCACCCCGCAGUCCAUACCCAUCUCGCCACCGGGGCCGGACCAGCUCCAGCCCUUGCGGCAAAAGCUCACGGCGACCAUCGACUAUUGGAAAUGGCAGGCCUUGCGCCUCGCGCAGCCGACCACGUCGAACAUCGCGGAGGAGGCCGACUUCCUGGCCCGGAGCGCGACGCAAUGGACCGAGACGGCCCUCAAUCACUUGGACGCAAGCUACCAGAAUUGGAUGGCGCACCCGCCCGAAAUCCGCAGUCUACUAUGGCAGGUCGAGUUGCUGCGGGCAUACAACACCGAGCAGCAGACAGUGGCGGAGCUAGAGGAGAAGCUGGAGUCGGUUCAGCAGGAAGCAAAUCAACUACAGCAACAGGUGGAAUACUUGUCCCGCUGCCAGUGGCCGCGCGAGAUGGCGCUCUGGCCUCCGGAGCGGAGGACCUUCGGCCAUGCGAUGCGCGAAGAACUGCGCUUGAUCAACCUCAGCAAGGUCCCGUGGGCGGACGGGUCGGACGAGUUCGUGUCUCUGACCGAGAACGUGAACACCAGGGGGGACAAAUGGGACUUUGACAAAUUGGUCAACAAAUGGCGCGCGCACAUCAGGGAGGACAAGAACCGCCGGAUGCCGCCGAUUCACAACGCUGCAACCGACGGCGCUGCAAAGACGGCCGAUCUCAAAAAAUCCCAGAGUGAUGCCACGGUCAACGGCCUGGCCAACGGGCAGUCGCCCAUCACCGAGGACAGGCCGAGGUCUAUGAGGAAUCAAAAGAGCGCCAAUAUUAGCAUCGUGUCGGAUUUUUGA